UGAAUCGCAUCUUGCUAGCGUAUUCGGUGCCUUGUGGUGUUGGUACCAACUUGUUGUGGGACUUGGUCUUCCGGAUGGCCAGGAGCAGCUUGGUAACACAAAGAGGACAAAACAGAGAAAAAACUGGAGAAGAAAACACAAGCGAAUUGAACUUUUAUACCAGCAAAGCGAAGAAAGUCGAAAAUACAUCCCAUAUAUGUGACAUCGCGGGUCCCCAACACAUCUCUAACAAGAACAAAGGGUUGUCUACCUCGGGCCUCAAGGGUAUCCAAAAGAAGUGCUCUGGAGGCGUCAUUAUCCGGGCAUUGCCAAUUACGUGGUCGAUGUCAUCAUAACCGGAACCGCACUUAGUACAAUACAUUGCUCAACGCGAGGUUUAUCCUGUAUAAAUGCGCAUCUAGCGAGUAAUGGUUGGACAUAAGUCUUGACAUCACGCGAAUGAAAUUGCGACUUACAUCCAAACCAUACCACCACACUCGCAAAGAAACAUUAGGAAUAAUGGAAUGUAACCACCGUCCCAGCUGGCCAUCUCGCCAAUCAUUUUGCUAACUUUGAAGAGAACUCUGGCGAACAAAAUGGAAAAAUUCAUCAUGUGAAAUUCUUCUAUCCUAGAUCUCACCUUCCUGUGCGCCCACCUUUGCGAGAGAGUCCGCCUUCUCAUUGCCAUAAAUUGAGCAAUGUGAGGGGACCCAUACAAAGGUAAUCUUGUAGGAUCUUUCGACCAGUGCACCCAUCUGCUCCCUUAUUUUUGUAAGAAAGUAAGAUGGAUGUUUUACAGGUUUCAUCGACCGGAGUGCCUCAAUCGAACUAAGGCUAUCCGAGAAGAUGAAGAAAUGGUCUACGGGCAUGUUCGAAAUCAUCCCCAAAGCGAAGUUGAUUGCUGCCAGUUCAGCAACAUAAACCGAAUAAGGUUCCUGAAGUUUGCGGAAGGUGGUGAAAUUUUCAUUGAAGACACCAAAACCAGUGGAUCCAUUUACGAGAGACUCAUCAGUGAAGAAUCUCUUACAGGAAUUGACAUUUUGGUACUUUUCAUUAAAAAUGCGAGGAAUAGAUAUACAUCGAAGUUGAUCUGGUAUUCCAUGAAUAGCUUGUUUCAUGGACAGAUCGUAUUUAACAGAGGAACUGUCAUUAGUGAUGUGUACACGAGGUGGGUUAUGACCUGGGAGGCUUAUGUCGGAUGAUAUGUAGAAAAGUUAAAUUCUCAUAAAUUUUGACUGAGUACUCAGAGUGAGCAUUUCUUCGAAGUUUUCAAUCAUAAGUGUGUUGCUCACUCCACACUUGAUAAGUAACCUUAGCGAGAGCUCCCAGAAGCGGUUCUGGAGAGGUUUCACUCCUGCCAGGACCUCUAGGCUCGCAUUAUGCGUUGAGUGCAUACAGCCGAGAGCAAUACGCAAACAACGGUAUUGAAUUCGUUUCAACUUUAUUAGGUGGCAAUUUGCUGCUGAGUGGAAACAGAAAGAUCCAUACUCGAGAACAGAGAGAAUAGUCGUUUUGUAAAGUUUUAUGAGGUCUUCCGGGUGAGCACCCCACCAUGUUCCGGUAACUGUGCGUAGAAAAUUGAUCCUUUGUUGACAUUUUUGCACCAAAUACUUAGUUUGGGUACCCCAAGUGCCUUUUGAAUCAAACUAGACCCCAAGGUAUUUCGAAGUCAAAGACUGGUCGAUUUCUAUUCCCAAAAGAUUGAGUUUCAGCUGGGCUGGAUUCCGCUUUCUAGAAAACCAACCAAUGGAGUUUUUUGCGGAGCUCAUUAAUGGUUCACUGGAAUCAUUAAAUCUACAAAAAAAAUUAAUUUAAAGUUCUAAACUGACUCGUAACUUGGAUCACAUGAUGACAACGAUGUGGUCAGUUUGCGUAGUUUUCAACUCUUGAAUAAUCUUUCAACUACUAACCCAAAAUAGGUAUUUUUUAUGGUAGAUCUUCGGCAGCGUUGCAGUGUUCACUCACUCAAAGUUACUUCUCUAAAAUCGAAAUGCAAGGCUCAAGUAGUCUAAGCUCGUGGUGUACGAUCUUUAUCCUGUUUUGUUCAAAUUGGGACAAACCAGUGUCACAUUGGGUGGUUUGUAAGUAAGUUCCCACAACACUAACAAAUACCCACAACACUAACAAAUACCCCUAAAUGCUAAAUUCUUCUGUACUGUUGGUCAGUCACAGUGCAAACAGUUCAGUUGACUUAUUACCCACCCAACCAACAAGCUUCCUGUCAGCACCAUGAUUGGUCCGGUGCGGUAGAAAUAGCAAAGCAAAAAUCCCUCAUCCGAAACCACCCGACCGUGACUGAUAGGUUUAAAAACUUGACGUAACGCCCAAACACCAUCAUAAUCCGCCGGUGCUGCUGCUGCUGCAGUGUGCCCUUGCACAUGGGUAUCAACAAAAUCCCACACUCCCAACAGUGCACAAUGGUCCCAGGUCCGAAUCUAGCUAGACAAAAUUAUUUACGGCGAAACUAUUGAAUUUAGCUAUAUUGUGUCUUUGGGAAAGUUUUUCCAAAAUUUGUGUCCUAUUUAGUCAAUAAAUUGAAAUUAGGGUGGUCCAAAUGGUUUAAAAGAUUUGUAUAUCAACUUUUUUGUUUUUCCAAAUACACCUAUACAAUGUUCUACAAAGUUUUAGAACAAUUAAUUUGGAGCAACUUUCCCGAAGAAACCAACCUCCUAACUAUUACGGUUGACGAGUUAUGAUUUUUUGAAGCUUGGAUGUUAGGGUGGACCUUAAAAAAAUCAGUUUUUUGCUUAUAACUUUUCAUAGGGACAUUUCUCGCAAAAACGUUGUUCCGAGCACUUUUAGAUCUUUUGAUUUUACACUUUUUCUCCGAAGAGAGCAAUGUUAUAUCUCUUGAAAUAAGAAAGUUAUGCAAGAUUUUCUCUUAAAAAAUCGCUUUUCUUACAUGUAAAUAUUUCAGAAUGGCGCGAACCGAUUUUCAAUCUUUUAAAUCCAUUCAAAAGAUCUCACUUUCAUUGUUCGAUGGUGAAAAAAUAAAAGAAGUGUUUUUUGUUUAAAGCGCUUAAUUAAUUUUUGAAAAUAUGUCAUUUUUCAUCAAAAAAUGGCCAUAACUUCAAGAAUAUACAAAAUACAGGUAUGAUGUCUUCGGCAAAAAGGUGCGCAAUUGAAUGCUUUAAAAUUGUCUAGAACUAAGUUUUUUUGAAGAAUCAACACAUAAAAACAUAUUUAAAAAAAAUUGGAUUUUUAACUAAAAAAUAAACACUAUCAACGUUUCAAAGAACCUUCUGUCAAUGCUACCCUAAUGAACGGUUCCAUACUUGUCUCUAUAUGUUGAAUUUCUAAAAACAGUCAACUUCAACAAUGUACGAAUUACGGUAUAUUUGAGAAAACAAUGUUUGAGUGACAAUGUAACCCGAUUAGAAAAGGAAUGCUGAUCAAAGUAGCCUAGAUCAAAGUAGACUAGAUCAAAGUAGCCUAGUUCAAAGAAGCCUAGUCAGCAGAGCAUGGUUUUCUGCAUGCAUGCUGUUGAAUUUUGGUUAGUGCGUUAUCGUUCCACAGAAAAAAGAAAGAUGUCAGUUGGUAAGUUACAGAAUUUCUCAACUUUUGAAGUAGAUUCCCUAACUAAAUUUUCCACCAGGUCUUAAAGUCGCCUUCCAUGAAUUGGCUGAACAAUUCAUUACCGAUAGUUCUACAACAUCUUUGUGUCAGUACGUUAUUGACAAGUUCCAGGGCAAAACAAUUGAUACUGCAGAACUUCAAAAGAAAAUUAGCUUUUUCGCACUCAAAUUCACAACAGCAUGGAAAAAGAGCAACCGGAAAAGAGACGGUUUCUUUGAGCGCAACAAAAUUUGGUUGAGUGGGUUUGAAACUUUCAAAGAACUUCCGAUGUCGAACACCAAGAGAGGGCGUCCGCGUAAAUCAUUUGAAACCUCAAGCACAAAAUCGAAGCAGCGAAAAGUUCAUGAUAUCAGCGUCGAAGUUCCGUAUCAGGAGUUGAUGUUUGCAGCGGCAACAAGAGCCACAAGUUCCGGACAUAGAGAUGCGGCAAAGAUCAUCAAAAAUAUUUCUGAAUUUCCAGAAACCGCCACUAGCUUGAAGCAAUCUAUGAAGUCUAGUGAUGCCGGAGUGGAGCAGUAUUCACCGACUAAAGCUUUGGCAUUCAUUUGUAAGAACGGAUUUUCCAAGAGUCAAUACAAUGACAUUCGUGCAUCGGAUUUGAAGAAAGGGUGUGAUUUGUAUCCGUCAUACAAUCGGGUUUUGGAGGAAAAGAAGCUGACGUAUCCUGAAGGUAAUUUCUAUUUCAUUAGAUAGGGCCCAUUCAUACACUAUAAAGGCAUCACAAAACAUCUUUUCUAUUAUCUAACAUGAUCGAAAUGAAUUUAUGUUGCUUAUGGACAGAUAAUUAUGGGAAUGCAAAAAUAGUCAUGAGAUAUUCAUCAUUUUCAGGUAUUACGAUAAAACCAUCAGCAGCCGAAGUUCCCCUCCAAUCCCUAGUUGACCACACAAACAAACGCUUAAUAGAAAGCCAUAGAAGUAUUCUUGCUGGUUCGGCUUGUAAUACGUUUGAGAUUAACUAUAAGUGGGGCUGCGAUGGCAGUAGCAAUCACUCUCGCUAUAAGCAAAACUUUGUUGAAACGGAUGAAGACGGUGAAUUACGAGAGUACAAUGAUUCACACAUAUUUUCGAUGGCUCUUGUUCCUCUCCAAUUAAUUGGAAGAAUCUCAGAGCACGAACGAGAUAUUUUUUGGAAAAAUGAUCUACCUUCUUCCGUUUCGUUGUGCAGACCGAUCAAGCUAAUUUUUUUGAAGGAAUCUGCUCAGCUAACGCGAAAUGAAGUUGAGAAAGUGCGAGAUCAAAUAAAAAAUCUGAGGCCAACUGAAAUUCUUCAAGACGGUCGGACAAUUACUGUAUAUUCUUCGUUAAUUCUAAGUAUGAUGGAUACUAAGGUAGUAAACGACCUCACAGAAACAAACUCGCAAUCCUGCUCAUUUUGUGGGAAAAGCGGAAAGAAUCUGAAUGACGCAACCAACGAUCUGAACGAGACCAACGCUGAAAAGUUCUCUCGUGGAUUCUCCCCUCUCCAUUGCUAUAUUCGGACAAUGGAACUGUUUCUUAAGGUAGCAUAUCGACUAAAAAUGGAAAAACCGACAUGGCCCGUAGCGAAGUCUAACGAAGCUGUCCGUCAACGAGAAGCCACCAUUCGAGCCGAAAUAAAACGAAGACUAGGGCUCAGAAUUAGCGAACCGUUACCGAGCGGUGGCAACAGCAAUGAUGGUAAUACCUCACGAACGUUCUUCAAAGAAUGGCGAUCUACUGGAGAGAAUGUACAUCAUUCUAGUUAUUAUCAACUGUAAGAGUGAUAUCAACGUGGAAGUAUUCCAAAACUACUUGGAAACGACUAGGAAACUUUAUAUCAGGUAAGAUGUAGUUUGACAUAUAAUAAUAAUAAAACUAAUAAUAAUGGAAUUGGAUAAUAAUAAUAAUUUAUUCUAGCCUAUAUGGUUGGUAUCCGCUGUCUCCAACUCUCCACAAAAUUUUGGUCCACGGCGGUGCCAUCGCGAAGCACAGUACUGUUCCUGUUGGAAUGUUGAGCGAGGAAGCACUGGAGACCCGGAACAAGUCUAUCAGAAAGUUCCGAGAAUUCCACUCCAGGAAAUUCAGCAGAACGGCAAACAUCGAAGACGUCUUCCAACGUUUGCUUCUAACAUCCGAUCCAGUGAUUUCCUUGAUGAAUAGGAAAAGCAGCGAUUCUCCUUUAAACUCUCAUCCAGCCAAAGCUCAAGAACUUGUUAUUUUGAAUUGAAUUGAAAAGAUAUGUAGUUUUAAUUUUUAUUUGUUCUAAGCUCAAUAAACCAAAAUAUUAAGUAUAUACAUACUAAUCGAUUGUUUUUAGAAAUCCAACAUAGAGAGAAAAGUAUGGAACCUUUCAUUAGGGUAGCUUUGACAGAAGGUUCUUUGAAACGUUGAUAGUGUUUAUUUUUUAGUUAAAAAUCCAUUUUUUUAAAUAUGUUUUUAUGUGUUGAUUUUUCAAAAAACUUUGUUCUAGACAGUUUUAAAGCAUUCAAUUGCGCAUGUUUUUGCCGAAGACAUCAUACCUGUAAUUCGUAUAUUCUUGAAGUUAUGGUCAUUUUUUGAUGAAAAAUGACAUAUUUUCAAAUAUUAAUUAAGCGCUUUAAACAAAAAACACUUCUUUCAUAUUUUCACCAUCGAACAAUGAAAAUGAGACCUUUUUAAUGGAUUUAAAAGAUUGAAAAUCGGUUUGCGCCAUUCUGAAAUAUUUACAUGUAAAAAAGCGGUUUUUUAAGAGAAAAUCUUGCAUAACUUUUUUAUUUCAAGAGAUAGAACAUUGCUCUCUUCGAAGAAAAAGUGUAAAAUUGAAAGAUCUAAAAGUGCUCGGAACAACGUUUUUGCGAGAAAUGUCCCUAUGAAAAGUUAUAAGCAAAAAAUUGAUUUUUUAAGGUCCACCCUAACAUCCAAGUUUCAAAAAAUCAUAACUCGUCAACCGUAAUAGUUAGGAGGUUGGUUUCUUCGGGAAAGUUGCUCCAAAUUAAUUGUUCUAAAUCUUUGUAGAACAUUGUAUAGGUGUAUUUGGAAAAACAAAAAAGUUGAUAUACCAAUCUUCUAAACCAUUUGGACCACCCUAAUUUCAAUUUAUUGACUAAAUAGGACACACAUUUUGAAAAAACUUUCCUGAAGACACCAUAUAGCUAAAAUCAAUAGUUUCGCCGUGAAUAAUUUUGUCUAGCUAGAUUCGGACCUGGGACCAUUGUGCAGUGCAGUUUACCUACCACUAUUCUGUAUCUACUACUGGAAGUCACUGUGACAACCGCGUGCACUGACUCGGUGAGCGCGGUGCUGUAUUAUCCUGCAGUGCACAAGUGCAUAGUGGACGCAGUUAGUAGAAAAGAUGACCAAAAGUAUAAUCUACAAGCUGUACCCGGCAAACUUUGUCUUGCCUACUGCGUUUUUUGACGUUUCAAGUUUCUUGCCAAGACCAAGUCCCCGGUUAAAAUGAAUGGAAGAUCGAUUUUCAAAAACUCUCAAUUUUUGCAUGUUUUUUGGCUCAUAAACCUUCCUUGGGUGAAAACUAACAGAACA